AUGCUUUUUUAUAGUUUUCAAGGAAACUAUGAAGGGAUUCAAGCUAUUUCUACUUCUAAUUAGGAAGUUUAAAUUGAAAUGAGAUGCCUUUAAUUACCGUGGAACUUAAAUACAGAAUAAAGCUAGUUAAUUUUUAAUUCUGAAGAAGACCAACUGGUAAAUACUUAUGUUGGAGGAGCUAGUCUGCAGGACCUAACAUCUAACUAGUUUACAAAAUAAAUGAGAAUAUUUCAGCAAAGACUAAUUCUUCCAUAUUAAUCAAUUAUUGAUUAUAAUAUAGGUGUCCUAGUAUUUUUAGAUAAUGAUUUCAUCAAUGUUGUUAAUUAGUAUACCUUUGAGUUGAUUAAAUUUAUUCAAUUUGUUUCAAACCUUAGUAAAAUAAAGGCAGAUUUGAAAUACAAUCAAAGUAGCUCAAAUUUAUAUGUAACAAGCAGUGGAAACAAUAGUAUUUAUUUUAAUUUAAGAUUAUGA